AUGCCAAAACAGCUUGCAGACGGGGAGUACGACCUCGACUUCUCGGGCCUCUUUUCGACCGUGCAAUCAGACGUUUUUGGCAUCAGAUAUGGCUUCAAGCCUGACAUCAUUGACGAUGGCUUUCCGUCGUUUCUCUACAAGGACGUUGCCGGGAAUGCCCGCCAGGCAUCUCCGACGAGGGGAAACGAGACCGUGAUGGUGGAUCCUGGCCUUUCGGCUACCGAAAUUCCAUUCUACCUCGUAUCCGAGUCCAAAGAAAGCACCAAGGCGAUCACGACGAAUCUCAGCAAGGACGACCGCAUCUACUUUGAGGGACGAUCCCGGCCGAACGCCGGGCUGCACCAGCUAAUGUCCACAGCUAUGACGCCGACAGGCACGGGCUCGACGUCUUCUGUCGCCCUCGAGAAUGGAGCUGGCGCCGGGGCUGCUCAUUUCGGCUCGAUGUCGGAAUUCCUUCUGUCCUACGACGACGUGAGCAAGUCGUUCAAGGUCGAUGUGUUCAAUGGAUUCAUCAAGAUGAAUAAGUCGAGAGAACCCGAGAUUAUCUCUGGGAAAAUCAACAAAAUGACACAUCGACAAACGAAACUGUCGAACGCACCAUCAUCUGCUGCUGCCACCAUCUCUCCAAUGACAAAAUCGUACAUAGACUCCCUGAUAACGUCAUUUGCCUCCGGAACAUCUAGCAAGCCAAGCUUGAGCUGCUCCAGAAGAACCACGAGCCCCGUGAGGACUGCAAACAUAAUACCGACCGAAGUGGGGAUGAUCAAGCCGUACGGAAAGUCCAUUAGCGGCAUAUCUCCCGUCAGAAGACACGUAUCAAACUCACCUAUCAACUCGCCUACUAGAAAAGUUUUUCAACCAUCGAAGACACUGUCGUCUGUGCCAGUAUCGGCUCCACCAUCGACUCCAGCAAAGCCGCAGUCACCUUUAAAAGUCUCAGCAUCUCCGUCUCCUGUUUUGCAAACAGCCAAGAAGAACGUUAUUACGCCCACGAACGGAGGAACGGGGACGAGAAAGACACAGAGGAGCUUGCUUCUUAGAAAGGCAGAACGAGCGGUCGGAAUUAAUAAAGGGAGAGUCUACAAGCCGAAACUGAAAGAGCCUGCACUCAAGGAAAAGGAAAUUCUUUCCAGUGCGGUGGACGCUUCUCAUAAAACUCACGAGAGCACCGGACUGCGGAUCAGACAGAGAGAGCUGAAAGAGGCCAGGCCGGACCAGGCAGCAUUUGAGCUGGUUCUGACGCCGCCACCAUCUGUGCCGCCAAAAAAGGAGGUUUCUCCACAGAAGCCAGCGAAGAAGGCAGCCAAAGUUCUUGAAAAAGAUGUCAGGAAAGUCACCAAAACCGAGCCUACGCUGGAAGCAUGGAAGGACCCAGUAUUAAGCGACGAUCUGGAUCUAGAGAGCUUUGCUGAGGAAUUGGAAUCUGAAAUGAACACCGCCUCUGCUGCUGAGGAGGCCGACACCACUUCUCUCACAACUAAGUCCGCUAAAAACGUCAAAAGCCAAAAGGCCGAAGCUAUUAACACCACUCCGAGCCUUGGAGUGGAAACAUACCCGACAGCGAUCUCACCUACGCCCCCGCUACCGCCAAGCCAGUCGCCUGCUGUUAAAGAGUUGAAAGUCAACCCUGCAAAAGCCAUUGAUCGGACCACCGAUCGGACCACCGACAAAGUUGCCAAGACGUUCGAUGAUGACUUAAACAUCGAGUUUUCUGACUGGGAGGAUGCAGAUGCUAUUGAUGGUCCCGUGCUGUCCGACGAAAACGAGCUCACAGCAGGGAACAGCGAGUUCCAAUUGAUCAUCGAAGAUGAUCCGUUGAAGAGCAAGGAGAUGAAGGAGCGCAAGCAGAUACAUAAGGAAGAGCCGAGACCGGACAAGCUUGCAACUUUCCCAGUGAAGCAGGUCAAGGUCGAGACCAAGUCGGCGAAGUCUGUCAAGCCGGCCAAGAACAAAAACACAGUGAAAUUACCUACGCCAACUCCAACGCCUGCUCCUGCGUCUGCGCCUUCGCCCACGGCAGCGGCUCCCCCUGCAAAGAAAAAUACCACGCCUGCUUCUUCCUCUGCCACACCUAAGAAGGCGCCUAAGGCCAAGGGUACAGGCAAGCUUAAGAAGAAGACAGGUACUCCGCAGAAGGCCAGACAUAGCGGUCUCCCCCACGAGGACGACGAGAUCGAUCGUGAACUUGACGCAGAGUUGGACAAGGCAUUCGACGACCUCCUUGACGAGGAAGACAUGAGCGAGGAGGAGUAG